CAGCAGGGACUUCCGGGACGGGCGCGGAGUGACGUCAGGAGGAGGGCAGCAACUCCAGAAAGUCCUCUUGCCGUCAUCCACUCUUUACAGAUCCUUCUAGCCCUUACGAGGAGAACAGACCGUGAGAGUCAAGGGCAGAGCCAGGAGCCUAGGGAGGCGGUGACUGUACUCGUCCAGACAGACAAACGCUGCUCCUUGGAUGCCUCCUACACCUGCGGACAGGAUCAUCUGAGCCGCCACCACCACCACGCACAGCCCACCGCAUCUUCACAGAGAAGCCGCGACUGUCUGCCAGGCUGUCCAGGAGGCUGGCACUGGGCAGUGAGUCGGCAAAGCAGUGUCUCGUCGUCUUUUCAGAUUGGCUGAGUGGCGGCUGAGGACCAGUAGGCAGCUUCCAAGAUGGGUGAAAGGAAAGGCGUAAACAAGUACUACCCUCCGGAUUUCAACCCUACAAAGCAUGGCUCACUCAACAGAUACCAUAACAGCCACCCUCUUCGGGAGCGGGCUCGGAAGCUGUCCCAGGGCAUCCUCAUCAUCAGAUUUGAGAUGCCGUAUAACAUCUGGUGUGACGGCUGCAAGAACCACAUCGGCAUGGGUGUUCGUUACAAUGCAGAAAAGAAGAAGGUUGGCAAUUACUACACGACCCCGAUCUACAGGUUCCGAAUGAAAUGCCACCUCUGCGUCAACUACAUCGAGAUGCAGACAGACCCCGCCAACUGCGACUAUGUGAUCGUGAGCGGCGCCCAGCGCAAGGAGGAGCGCUGGGACAUGGCAGACAACGAGCAGGUGCUGACGACAGAGCACGAGAAGAAGCAGAAGCUGGAGACAGAUGCCAUGUUCCGACUGGAGCACGGUGAGGCCGACCGGAGCACGCUCAAGAAGGCCCUCCCCACCCUGAGCCACAUCCAGGAGGCCCAGAGCGCCUGGAAGGACGACUUCGCCCUCAACAGCAUGCUGCGGAAAAGGUUCCGGGAAAAGAAAAAAGCCAUGCAGGAGGAGGAAGAGAGGGACCAGGCCCUGCAGGCCAAGGCAAGCCUGGACAUCCCGCUGGUGCCGGAGACAGAGGAUGACCGCAGGCUGGCCGCCCUGCUCAAGUUCCACACCCUAGACUCAUAUGAGGACAAGCAGAAACUCAAGCGGACAGAGAUCAUCAGCCGCUCCUGGUUCCCCUCCAGCCCGGGACCUGGCGCCAGCAGCAGCAAAGCCAGCAGUGUCCUGAAGAAGCUGUCCCAGAACCGCAGAUCUGCUCCCACGGGCUCCCCCAUCACCGUGGGGCACCUGGGCAUUGUGCGGCGGCGGUCCCGGGAGGUCCCAGAGAGCCCUCAGCACACAGCUGAGACCCCCAAGUCUGGGGAGCCACGGGUGCCAGAGGGGACCGCCCAGGACAGGCCCACAUCCCCCAGAGACUGUCCUCAGGAGACAGCCAAGACGUGCAAGAACAGUAGGCCACCGGGGCAGGAGGAGAGCUGUCAGGACAGGCCCCAGCCCCUGCCAGGCUCCUCCCAGGAGGCAGCCAACCCCCAGGACACACCCCAGCCCUGCAGCCUCAGCUCCUCCCUCGUGGCUGACUACUCCGGUUCGGAGAGUGAGUGAUUCUGGGGGCCAGAUUCACUCAGGAGGCCAAGACCCACCGAGGAGGCCCCUCACAGGCUGCAGCCCCUUAACCCGCCAGCCCUUGGAGAGCUCAGUGACCACCCUCCCCAGACCUCACCUCCUCACAGUAAUGGAGUUGUUAUUUAUUUGGUCCUGGAGAGAGUGUCUGUGCCUUGUGGGACCCCCGACCUCCCAGCAUUAAAACCCUGCUUCUUUG